AUGCAUUCUUCGACUUUGUUCACACUCCUGGCUACGGGAACUACUUCUCUAGCCUACACCAUCCCCGCCAACCUUCAAGCGAUAUACAAUGCUCACAAGGCGGGAACUUGUGCCAACCCUCUUUCUGGAACUUCGUCCUCUGGAGCCGUUUUCUGUGGAGAUAUUCCAAACGCUAUUUUCCUCAAGGGAAGCAAUGGAAAUUAUGACAACAUGGACGUCGAUUGUGAUGGUGCCGAUGAUAAAGCUGGUGAUUGCUCCAAUGAUCCUACUGGAUUUGGUGAGACAGCGUUCAAGGACACUGUGCAGUCAUACGGCAUUUCAGAUCUGAACGCCAACAUUCAUCCAUAUGUUGUUGUCAACGAGCCGCCCUUUUUCGAUGCUCAACAUUUCGGUUUGAAGCCAUUGAGUGUCAUGGCAAUUGUUUGCAACAAUCAAGUGUGGUAUGGUGUCUGGGGUGAUACCAACACAGAACCAACUACUGGAGAGGCGUCCAUUUCUCUUGCUCAAUUGUGCUUCCCUAAUGAUCAUCUUACCGGCGAUAAUGGACAUGGCCCUAAGGAUGUGCUAUAUAUUGGAUUCCUCGAUCCUACGGCUGUUCCAGGCAAGAAUGGUGCCAAGUGGAAUGCCAAUAAUGUUUCAGAUUUUGAAGCAAGUAUCAAGGCAUUGGGUGACAGGUUGGUUCAAGGCCUUGGUACCAACAACGGUGGUGGCGGCACCACCCCUCCUCCCCCUACUUGCUCUUGGGAAGGCCACUGCGCAGGUGCAAGCUGUGGCUCAGAUGAUGAUUGUUCUGAUGAUCUCACCUGUAACAGCGGCGUCUGCGGUAGCAGCUCAGGCGGUGGUGGUUCUGCUCCUCCUCCCCCUACGUGCUCUUGGGAGGGUCACUGCCUUGGUGCCUCUUGUGGCUCUGAUGACGACUGCUCUGAUGACUUUGUCUGCAAGAGUGGUAAGUGUUCCGUGGACCAGUAA